AUGCAUCUCGUGGAGGGCUCGCGUACGACGCCAGCCAGCCCCCAGCAGAACUGCCAUGAUCUCGUGUUGAUGGACCGGCUCUGUGUAGACUUCCGCGAGAAACUCCUAGAUGCGCUGGCCACCUCCUCCUGCUCCAGUACAUUUGUCGAGGCGAGGAACAUCGCCAAGGAAAAGCUACUCGACAUUCUACACUGCAUCGGCUCCCUGUCGGCCUCGGAUAGGGCGAAGGAAAGGCUUGUCGCCGCAGGGGACUCGGGAAAUGCGCCAACCCCCAGACGAACCAGUCUGGAAGAACAUCCCCCGUUUAAGACCCCCGUGGGAGAUCUGGAGGUCGGGGUCGGGGUCCAUGGACCAUCGUCGCCAGCCGAAUUCUUGCAACACUUCCACGAUAUCAAUGCUGGCUCACUGGACCUGGCGCUUUCCACAUCAUCCUCCACUUCGGGCGCGACGGCGGAGUGGCCGGCUCUGUCCCCUGGUGUCCUCCUACCAGAGGAUCUGGAGAUGCUGCAGCAAAGCGGGGAUCUGGAUCCAUGCACGGGGAUGGAGUCUGCCGGAUGCGAUGAGAUGCCGUGGUGGUCCUCGCAAGGGGGUCUCAACGACACGCCCGCGCGAUGGAGUCCGAAGACACCGACUAGUGUGCCUCUCUGGCCAGGGGUGCAGGGUCAAGACUCCAAUGAGGAGCUGGCCCCAGCGGCUUUAGACUUUGUGGACUUGGAUCUACUGGCUGAACACGGCGAGAUGUUUGCCCUAACUCAUGGUGGUCAUGCGCUCACACAGGCCACAAACUCGAAGGAGCAUGCAGCGCGGCCGACGUCAGCGACGUUAGUAGGCAGCGCUGAUGCUCGGCCAGGGACGGUGCGAAACGACCCCCCUCUCACCCCAGCCAUUUCCCGUUCACCGGCGCCCGAUAGAGGCGUCAGACACAGCUCGCUUCCGCAACAACGACAGGAGACCCCCUCAUCAUCCCCCUUCCCAGUAAGACUCACGCCAAAGCCGGUCUCUCCCGCAGCGCACGCCCAGGGCUCGCCGGCCUGUGAGAGCGGGCGCGGUCGUGCCAUUCCCCCCACGCCCCCAGCGCCGUCUCCCUCUCCCCGGUCCAGGAAUAGGGCUGACAAGGGGAAAGAGGAGGGUCCAGUGGCGGUGCAACUCUGCGCUGAAGCCGAGGAAGCAGGGAGCCAAGCUAUGGAGGUCGACUACGCCGGAGCGCUGCCAUCACUGACGGGAGUGUACUGCGUGCCCGACCAUCUACCGUCAGCGGAUCAGGUCUUUGCCGUGUUCAGCCAGCAACUCCCCAACAGCAAGCGGCAGGUGGCUGAGCUCUUUACCCGCCUCUUCUACGCCAUUGGAAGCCCCGAUGCGCUGAAUCAAUUACGGCAUGCCCUCAAUCUGGCGCGCAAAUCCUCUGUUCUCCCUGUUGCGACGGCCGGCGGGCCUCGGAAUGACCUGGCUACAACCGUACAAGCCCUCGACCAACUCGACUCCAUCACCACCCUCUCUCAUAUCCUCCGACGCUAUUACCUGGUUCGUCUUCUUACCCACCGUACUCGAUUGGAGCAGGAUCAUAUCGCUGCCAAAUUGGCCUGUCGAGGGUCUAAGCGCAUGCUAAAGUAUGACUGCGCUCGCCUACAACUGAUCCGCGACGGCGGCGAUGGCGAUGCGAUCCGCACAACAUCGACCGCCGGGGGUCGACGGCCCUCAAGCAAACCACGCCCCAAGCACCGGUCCAAGACGCAGGCUCUAACCGAUCUGAUGCAAAUGCUGUACCCGGGCCUGACGCCCGUCCCAGCUGAAGCAAGUAACCGCUCGACCAACGAGUGCGUGUACACGCGUAAAUUAACCCGGCUGCGCAACCGCCUCUCGUGCGCGCGCAACUGGUAUCCCUUCGAGCAUACAUUCCCGGGAGGGAUACUGGCUCUGAUCCCUUGCGCCGGGAGGUACUCCAUCAGUAUUGACCAAGUGGAAAAGCUUCCCAGCGAUACCAUGCGCAUCUUUCUGGCUUACCUGCAAGAACACCGCGGGUCGUACCUGCGGAACCUGAGCCAGGUGCUAUCCAAAGAGGUGUUCGACGUGCUGGAGGGCGCCGACGUGUCGCAGACUUUUGCGUUUGAGACGGUCGACGAAGGCGGCCUCAGUGACUACUUAUAUGACACGGAGGACCUGCUGCAACUGUGCAGGCUGGCGGUGUAG